ACGAGAUCACGCUGCACAAUCUGCCACUGCUCUGCCUCCUCCUUGAUGGCGGUCCUGACUUUGUCCGCCAGCAACUGAACCGCCGUCCUGGAAAUCCCGAUUGCAAGGUCCGCCAUUACUCUCAGAAUCGCCCUUCUAGGCACAAGUUCUUGGAAGCUGGAAGCAACAGGUGAUGGUUGCUUCUAAUGCGAGUAAUCCUUCAAAGUGUGCAAAGGAGAAAGGAUCACAAUUCACAGAACUAGGCAAAGGCUGCGACACAAGUGAAAGAAUGGAGGUGUACUGGAAGUCUGAACUUCUGCUAAAACGAUUUGCACAUUCGGACUAUUAGUACUUCGCAUCAGUUUGUGGCGCUGAGUUCCUUCUGGAACCGGUGGCACAGAUGAAAAAUGGGGGUGUACUGAAAGUCUGAACUUCUGCUAAAACGAUGUUGCACAUUCAAACUAGUAAUCUUUGCAGAAGUGAAGCUGAAAGAAUGAGAUUCUUGCUGUGACAGAACAAAAAUGUGCUCUCAAACAGAGGUGAAGCUGGAAGAAUGAGAUUCUACGACGCACGCUGAACUAAAAAUUGAAACUUUGAAAGAACGAUGGGCACUGAACUAAAAAUUGAAAGAAAAUCAAAAAAAUUAAAUUUGUCUGAUAACCAACCAGACCACCCAGAUAGUUUGAUAGAAUGUUCAUUAACAUCUUAUUAAUCCAAUUGCUCUGGCACAGCAAGAAGCCAAGAAGUAGCGAAGAGCCGGUAGCCCAGGGGGUGGGUCCCACACUGCCUCCAUUCUGCCAUCACACCUCGCCGCCGCCGGCGACCCUCCCGGCCAUGGGGAAGAGGAAGGACAGAGCCGCCAAGGAGCAGAACCCCGACCUCCCCCUACAUUCCCAUCCCACCACCUCCACGACCGAGCACAAGCGCCGGCAGCGGCGAGACCCCGUCCCGGCAACCGGCUCCGACUCCGAGCCGGACCCCUCGCCGCCGUCCUCGCCGGCGGGAUCCGUGCGGCGCCUGAUCGAGCCCUACUCGAAGCCCCGCCUCGUCGCCAUCCUAGCGGAGGCGACCGCGUCCGACCCCGCGCUGCGCGCCCGCCUCGUCGCCGCCGCCGACGCGUCCCCGUCCCACCGCCGGCUCUUCGUCCACGGCCUUCCCCCGCGCGCCGAUGCCGCCGCGCUCGCGGAGGCGUUCUCCCGCUUCGGGGCCCUCGCCGAAUGCCACGCCGUCGCGGACCGCGGGCGGCGGUGCAGAGGGUACGCCUUCGUGUCCUUCGCCUCCCGCGCCGCCGCCCGCCGCGCCCUCCUGGACGCCCCGCGCGUCCUCGUCGCCAGCCGCCACGUCUCGGCGCAGUUCGCCUCGGCCGGCCCCGACCGGUCCCGCGGGUGCGGUGGCGGCGCCGGGAGGCGGGUGUACGUGACCAACGUCGCGCCGGACGCCGGCGCGGAGCGCCUGCGCGCGUUCUUCGCGCGGUUCGGGGAGCUCGAGGGCGGGCCGUUCGGCUUCGACGCCGACACGGGCAGGUCCCGCGGGUACGCGCUGUUCGUGUACCGCGCGGCGGCCGGCGCCGCGACGGCGGUGGCAGAGCCGUACCGCGUGUUCGAGGGGCGCAUGCUGCAUUGCCAGCUCGCCAAUGAACCCGCGCGGAAGGCCAAGGCACCCCCGGCGCCGCCGCUACCGGCGGCAGAGGCGCCCGCGUUGCAGCCGAUGCUUGAUGCCAUAGCGGCCGCCGGCGUGGGGGACCUUGCAGCCUACGCGCGGGACCCGGCGCAGGCUGCGGCAUUGCUCGGGCAGAACCCGGCGCUUGCAGCUGCGGCAUUGAGCUCUGCAUUGGCGGCUGCUGCACAGAGUCCGGCAGUGGCUGCUGUUGCCACAAAUCCGGCUGCUGCGUCUGCACUGAUGCCAGUAGCUGCGGCCGCAGGAAGACGGACAAGGGCAACGACCGCAGCAGCGGCGGUGCCAUCGCCGGUGAAGUUUGGUGUUCGACCAAGCGGCGGCGCAGGGCUGCUUGGGCCAUACAAGCCACCAGCCCACCAUCGUCGCCAUUGGCGUCUGCGGCGGCUGCUGCACGUGGAGGAUCAUCCACUGCGGGGAGCCAUUGACCACCGACUUUCGUUCAGUCAUGUAACUGACAUUGCAGCGUGCUUUUGUAGUGGCUUUUAGGACGAAGUUGUGUGUCACCUUGUAGUUUUACUUCGUUCAUCUGUGGCUUGUGAGCCUAUAUGUGGCACCUCAAUGUUUA